CCCACUCCUAUUUGCCCUGAUUUUCUGCCAAUCGAGUUCCCUCUUGUAUCAGUCAAAUAGGAAGUUGGGAAGAAGAAGAAGACUACAUUCUGAUUUCUGGAACCUAGUAACCUACCAUCAUUUGUCCCUUCAAAUGUUCCCUCUGGAAAAGGUUGACUCUCCGCCUACUAAAAAAGGUGAGUCAAGAACAUAAACAAUUGGGUCACUUAAUUUGGGGUUACCUGGCCAAUCGGUCACUAAACUUUUUUAUUUUUAUUUUAUGUAUGACAAAGUUGUUUCUCAAGUGAUUGUCUAACACAUGUUGACGCGAUGGAAGCGAUGCAUUCAAUGGCGGAGGCUCUUCUGGAGGAAAGGUUGUACCUUUUUAUGUGUUUUCUCGUUUCGUUCAUGUUAUUUUGCUCUUCUUAACUUUUCACAAAGUUGUGGUCAGUCUACCGACAAAAUAGACUCUUUGAAUAGAUAAUUCGUUUGUCUUCGAAAUAUCGUUUUAUGUUGUUCAACGUGUUGUAAAUUGUUCUUCUCCUUCUUCUUGGCUUAUAUAUGGAAGAGUGUAAUAAAGUUUUACACAACUUUGGAGCUACUAACCUAUUAUAGUCGUUAGUUCAUAUUUGUUAGGUUUCAUAUUCAAAAUCUUCAUAUUGUUUUUUUUGUCCAAUUCAAUCAAAUUAGUGACGGAAGAAAGUGAUACAUCUUAAUCAACUAGCGUGAACAGUCUAUUUUAAGUCAUACUUGAUCCAAAUCAAACCUAUUACCUAAACCUAUUAUAACUCGAGCGGCUCAGAAUCAACCACUCAAUUCAUUUAUUUCUCCCCCUAGUUCAUAGCUAAUUAGGGUAUCGAUAAGAUCUUUCCAUAUUACUGAUUUUAGUGAACCAAUAAGCUUAUAUGGGCAAUUCACACGAAAAAAAUCUUACAAAGAUUAGUGAAUUAAUUGAUUGGAGUAGUCAGAUUUCGAUGACAAAUGUGUAAGAAGCAAAACUUAACGACUGAUUUAUUAACGCUUACGAAAUUUAACCACUUUUAAUCAAAUUACCCAAAAAAUGGGGGUAAAAAUCAAACAACAAAAAUUCAUCUUGACCAUAAGGACCACCUUUAUGUAUGUACCCUCAUUAGCACAUCACAACAACCAUUGGAAUCAUCUCAAGGUUGUCAACUCGCGGGUCGACCCACUUUGACCCUGACCCGGUGAGAAAAACGGGCAUACGCACCCACCGGGCCGACCGCUACAAGGUACCGGGUUGGAGGUCAAAUUAUGUCAUUUUUUUCUUUAGUUUGCGAAAUGCGCCUAUUUUCCGAUUUUUCUUUUCGCCUAACUCAAUCUUUGGAAUCCUAAAUUGGACAUUUGAAUAUUUAUUUUAUAUAAGUGUGUGUGAAUUUUCACUAUAUGUUGGAUCUAAGUAUGAUAUGUUAUUUUGGUGUAAUAUUAUAUGUUAUAAGGCAUAUGCUAGAUAAGAUUUGAUAUAAUUUAUGAGGAUAAGUACAAUAUAAUGACUUUUUCUACAUUUCCGGGCCAAACCGGACUAAAACGGUUGACCCAUUAACCCUUGACCCACUAGCUCGACCGGGUCCGGGUCAACCCGCGGGUUGACAACCUUGAAUCAUCUCCAAGACCUUUCCCUCUCUUCUCCAAUCUCACCCCUUCUUCUCACCCUUUUCGGCUUUUCCUCCCCUUAUUAUAUAACUCUCUAAACCUCUCUCCACCUGAAGAAGAAACAAUCAAUCCACCUUCUCCUUCCUCUCAUUCAUUCAUUCUUCAAACACUCUUACAAGCUAAGAGUGUAAAAGUUCACGGUACACAUCCAUGGAAACAGAGCGUCGGCGCCAUGUGAUGACCAAUGUGAACAACGCCGCCGCAUUACCCCCGACGUCGCCGGUUUCAUCCACCACGUUCGUCCAAGCCGACGCGGCCACGUUCCGGGACCUCGUCCAGAAGCUCACCGGACUAUCUCCCGACUCCGAGAUCCGGCUUCCGGUCACUCUGCCUUCCAGAAUCCACGCUCCAAAACAGGGCAACAACAACAACAACAGCGUAAAUCAUUCACCGCUCAAUUCGCCCCGCCGGUCGCCGUACAAGCUCCAGGAGCGUCGCCACACGAUCAGGAAGCUGGAGAUCAAGCUGGGCCGAGCGUCUCUACGGAACAAUGGCACGAGCCCCUGUUCCUCCCCCUGCUUUGUGGAGUCUCCGAUCCGCAGCCCCGUCACGCCGCUGAUGGGAUCGCCGUUCUUUUCCAGCACCGAGACGUCGCCUUGCUCGGAGGAGGAGAGGGCCAUCGCGGAGAAGAGGUUUUAUCUCCAUCCGUUGUCUCCGUUGAGCACGCCGCGGGGAGGGAGCGAGCCGCGGGAGCUGCUUCCCCUGUUUCCUCUGAGUUCUCCGACCGCGCUGAGGAUUUGAAUUGUAUUGAAAUCGGAGAGGUGUAGGAGAGAAUUAAUCAAAUUGGGUUUGCAGAGAUUGAUUCAAUGUGUGGUAUAAUUGAUCCGGCGACCGGGAGGGUCGCUAAUUCUUAAGGCCGGCGGAAUAUUUGUCUGGCCGGCCGGCCGGUUGGCACGGAGAGGGCAAAUGAAAAGAAAGGGUAAAUGCCUGAUUCUAUUUUGUGAAUCUUGUUCGUCUGAUUAGUUCCAAUAUUGGGCCUAAUGCAAUAAACUGGCAAAAUUGCAAUCAAUUAUGAGAGAAAAUAGCUCAUGACGAGUCGGAUUAAGUGGGAUAAAUCAAAAUUAUCAUCUUAAAAUAACGAGGGAAAAAGAUCUAACAUCUCCUUUUAUCAAAUGACUUGGCAAGCAAAGUGCAUAAAUGUUACAAUAUAAAAUUUGGGUAAAUCCCACUAAAUCAUGUCAUGUUUAGUCACUAGAAAAAAUUAAUAUCAAUUUUGGUCAAUCGACUUACUGAAACAUGUCACAUUUAGUCACUCUCUCGUUAGUUUUUGUCCAACUCCAUUAAUGGAGUUGGACGGAGGCUAACGGAGAGUGACUAAAUGUGACAUGUUUCAGUAAUUCAAGUGACAUUUAUAAAUAAAAAGAAGUAAUUCGAGUGACCGGAGUUGGACGGAGGCUAAUGGGAGAGUGACUAAAUGUGACCUGUUUUA